AUGGUGUACAAAUUGACCAAUAUCGAUCGUCGGACACAUAACAUCCAAUUGAAGUAUAUUUUCAAUGUCCAUGGUCCAACUGAACCUGUUGAGAUUGAAGGUGACAGGGACGUUCAUUUUUUUGUACGAUGCAAUAGCGACAGGAGCAUACCUGGGACAUCUCUAUGCAUUUCAAACACUAAUAGAGAGGUGUAUGAUGAUGAUACUGAGGUAAAUUUUGAGUUAAAUGAUGAUCGAUUUGAUAUUUCGGAUACAAAAUUGUUUGAUGAACCCGACAUAGUUGGAUUCAAUAGCAACAUUGAUGUUCGUAACGAACCUGAGAUAAAUAUAUCAGAAGUUAACGGCAAUGAUCAUACAACUGCCCAGGAAAAUUUCUCUUCUGAGGGUAAUUCUGAAAUUGCCGGUUCUAAUUCAAUUGGUACGUCACAAAGCUAUGGUAAUAUGAUCUCACCUGUUGUACAUGAUGAUUCAUAUGCUAUUUUGAAAGUCGGAGAAAUAUUUCCAGACAAAAAGAGCUUGUUUAAAAAGCUUUGCAUGUAUGUGCUUCAUUUGCACUUCGAAUUCAAAGUGGCAAAAUCGACAAAAACUCUUUUUGUUGUUAGAUGCAAAGUAGUGAAUGCAAGUGGUGACUUCGAGCAACAAGAGCUGAGGAAACUUGUUUUUUUCGUGAUAAAGGUAUAUCGUGACAAACAUUUGCCUUCGUCUUGUUUUGAAUUUAAUGAAGCUCGACAAGCAACAGGUUGGGUUGUGGGGGAAUGCAUUAAAUCUAAAUACGAGGGGGUUAGUUGCAUUUAUAGACCAAAUGACAUUGUGAAGGAUUUUGAGAGAGUGCAUGGAGUUUCAAUCACUUAUGGGAAAGCUUGGAGGGCUAGAGAAAGUGCCCUACAUUCAUUGCAUGAUGCGUCGAAACAAGCUUUUGCUGAACUUCCCUCAUUUUUUGCACAAUUGGAAUCAAAAAAUCCAGGAACAAUAACACAUAUUGAGUCGGAUUCUAUCAAUCGCUUCAAAUACUGUUUCAUGGCCAUUGGUCCAUCAUUAAGAGGUUUUUGUACUUGUAUAAGACCUGUAAUUUGUGUUGAUGAAACUCAUUUGAAAGGUAAAUAUCUUGGAACAUUAUUUGUUGCCACAUGUUUGGAUGGAAACAACCAGGUUUAUCCUUUGGCUUUUGGAGUAGGUGAUGCAGAAAAUGAUGAUGCGUGCACAUGUUUCUUUGAAAAAUUGAAUGGAGCUAUUGGAAGCAUGCAUAACAUGUUUUUAUCUCGGACAGGAAUGCAAGUAUUGAAAAAAGUAUCCAGAGAAUUUUUCUAG